GGCGGGUUGAGUUACGUAGGGGAAGCUUCUGGAGACAGCUUAGUAGGCGGACCCAGGCUCCGGCCGGUCCUUUGAGCAAGUGGGCGCAGCCAAAUUGCGUGUGGCAGUGGACAUGGCUCACGGGUCGGAAGGCCGUGUGUCGCGGGGCUGCAAGCUGCCUCUCCUGCUCCUUCAUGUGUCUCUGCCUCUACUUCUGCUCCUGUGGCAUUCGCCGUCCAGCGCAAGUUUCCUGCAUGUCAAGAUGGCAGGGACAACUCAGACUGUGCUCCUGAAUGACAAUGCCACUAUUUUCUGCCAAGUCUAUGGUGACCCCUCCCCAAACAUAACCAUUAUGGGUGUCACCUGGUUUUGGAAGAAUCCAGGGUCUGCAACAGAAGUUAAGCUAUUUGAGUUUUUUGGAGGCCAACAAAUGACAGGUCGACCUGGAGCCAUGGUGCCUCUUAAGAGUUUGGAGAGUGGGAAUGCCUCACUGCAGCUGCCAGGAAUCCAGCUGAGGGAAGCAGGAGAGUACCGAUGUGAGGUGGUGAUCACCCCUCACAAAGCAGUGGGACAAGUCAAGCUGGAGGUUGUGGCUUUCCCAGUCAGCAGCUUGUUUCCAGAGCAAGCCAUAGUGAAAGAAAAGCAAGAAACACUUAUUUUGUGUAUGUCAAGUGGGUUCCACCUUGACAACAUUACUAUUACGUGGAAAAAAUUAUCCCAGAAGGAUCCUCAGGAGGUUUUUGAAGGCAUCAUCACUAAUCACACCAUCGAGAAUGGUAUGUUUAAUGUCACUAGCUUCUUGAUGCUGAAGCCCUCUCUGGAAGACAAUAUGACCAUCUACCAGUGUGUGAUAUAUCACAAAUCCUUGCCUACCCCUCAGAAGCUCAAUUUCACCUUGACUGUGAUAGAAUCUGAGAAGACAGCUUGGAGUUUGAAGAACAUUUUUUUCUACAUUGGAGCCCCCUUGUCACUUGCAGUGAUUUUAUUAAUUAUUUAUCUUUUAAAAAAGGCACGACCCCAAACACGUCUCUUAUCCUGAGUCUUGAAAGCUUCUUCUCAAAACACCCAAACCUAUACAGCAGAGACUGAAGAAUGAAAAUGAGGUGCUGUCAUUAUGAUGCAUUCGUGUCUUAUUCACAUGGAGGAACCACUAGAACAUUGGAAGUUCUUACACAGAAACAUCAGAAACAAGGUUUCUCAGCGAAUGCAUAAGUAACUGAAAUUACUUUUCCUAAUGGCUUUAAUGGUUUGCUCAAGAGCAGACUGUUCAUUCUUCCUUCCUUAAUAGCCUUCUGCCAAUCAGCUCAUCCAAGAAAAAGAAAGCAAUGCUUUCCAAAGAAGACAUACAUACAGAUAGCCAACAGAUACAUGAAAAGGUGCUCAACAUCACUAAUUAUCAGGGAAGCCAAAACCACAAUGAGAUAUCAGCUCAUACCUGUCAGAAUGACUAUUAUCAGAAAGACAAGAAACAACAAGUAUUGGUGAGGAUGUGGAGAAAAGGGAGCCCUAGUGCACUAUUGGUGGGAAUGAAAAUUGGUCAGCCACAAUGGAAAACAGAACAGAACAGUUCUAUCUGAAAAUAGAACUACCAUAUGACCCAGCAAUUCGACUUCUGGGUAUUUGAAGAAAAUGAAAACACUAACUCUAAAAGAUAUAUGCGCCCCUAUGUUCACUGAAGUAUUAUUUACAGUAGCCAAGAUAUAGGAACAAGUGUCCAUUAAUAGAUGAAUGGAUGAAGAAAAUGUUAUACCUGUGUCACACACACACACACACACAUAUAUAAAGUGAAAUAUAUAUGUAUAUAUAAAUGGAAUAUAUAGUAUAUAUGUAAAAAAUAUAUAUAAAGUUCUAUUAACAUAUAAUGUAAUUUAUUCAUUUUGGAAUUUUAUUCACCCUUACAAAAAGAGUGAAAUCUUGUCAUUUGCAACAAUAUUCAUGAAACACCUUGAGGGUGUUAUGCUAAGUGAAAUAAGUCAGACAGAGAAAGACAAAUACCAUAUUAUCUCACAUGUGCAAUCUAAAAACCAAAACCCAAGCUCAUCAAUAACAGAACACAAUGGUGGUUUUCAGGGUGGGGUGGGGUGGAUGAAACGGGUGAAAGUGGUCAAAAGGUACAAACUUCUAGUUAUAAAAUAAGUCAUGCGGCUGUAAUGUACACCAUGGUGCCUUUAGUUAAUAAUACUGUAAUGCAUAUUUGGAAGUUACUAAGAGUAAAUCUUAAAAAUUUAGAAAAACUUUUAAGAAAAAAUAUUUUUGUAACUAUGUAUAGUGACAGGUGUUAAUUAGACAUAUUGUGGUGAUCGUUUUGCAACAUAUACAACUGUUGAAUCAUGUCAUACACCUGAAACUCAUAUAAUGCUGUAUGUCAAUUAUACUCCAAUAAAAAAAAAGUAACAUUUAGUGUU